UUGGCUUUCACACGCAGCCCACACACAGAAGUGACGAGAAGGAAGGACACUGUGACAUGAUGCAAACAGAAAUUCCAGCAGCCUCCAGAUAUGAUUAUGGGUCCCUCCCCUGCCGAGCCCCGUCUUUGUAUCAUUUGCCUGCUCAGCCUCCAGGUGGAGAGCUCCAGUCAGCUAUGCCAGAGAAGAUGACUGACUGUGAGUUCACGUAUAUCCAUGCUUUGGCGGAGGACUAUCUGCAGUAUAUCCUGCAGCUACCCACCUUGGAACCAGCUCCAAGCAGAACAUCCAGAGUGCUACAAAGAGUUGCUCUCUCAGUUCAAAAAGAAGUCGAAACGAAUCUGAAGCCAUACUUGGAUGGUUUUCAUGUGGGGUCCAUAGAUGCCGCCAGAGCAAUAUUCAAUCAAGUGAUGGAAAAAGAAUUUGAAGAUGGCAUCAUUAACUGGGGAAGGAUUGUAACUAUAUUUGCCUUUGGGGGUGUUCUCCUCAAAAAACUUCCACAAGAGCAGAUUGGCCUGGAUGUGAAUGCCUACAAGCAAGUUUCCAGUUUUGUGGCUGAAUUCAUAAUGAAUAACACAGGAGAAUGGAUACGUCAGAACGGAGGCUGGGAGGAUGGCUUCAUAAAGAAGUUUGAACCAAAGUCUGGCUGGCUGACUUUUCUGGAAAUGACAGGGCAGAUCUGGGAAAUGCUCUUUCUCCUCAAGCAACACUACUGACCAGAGAGAAGCCUGGCUCCUGUCAGCACAGUCACCAGCACUUAGCGCUUCCAUUUACAAGCAAAUAACUUGAAUGACGGAACUGCACUGUCCAGAGUUGCUCAUAUUUUGUUCCCACAUUAAUGAAUAAA